UCCCUGUGCCACCUAGUUUCGGAGUUUCAACAUUCAACAAUGGUACCUCAAGCUUUGUCAGUGCCUGCGAGUUCCAGCUUGGCUAUCGCUUCUCGCACCAGAAGUCCCUCCCACCUCGUAUUUUCUCAAAGAAACCCGUGCUCGAUAGCUUCUUCCUUGCCAAACCCAUAUGGCCAUUCAUCGGAAGUUGGGUUAUCAAGUAAAAGCCGUGGCUUUCCUUUAAAACAUGAUGAGAAAAAUAUCCAUGGUGCUAGUACAAGUUAUGGUGCAAUUGAAGCCAAGGGGAAUCCGCCGAUAACUCCAGCAGUGAUGACUCCUGGAGGACCUCUUGAUCUCACAUCUGUUUUGUUCAGGAAUCGUAUAAUCUUCAUAGGUCAGCCAGUCAAUUCACAAGUGGCUCAGAGAGUUAUAUCCCAGCUUGUGACUCUAGCUACUAUAAAUGAAAAUGCAGACAUACUGGUAUAUAUAAAUUGUCCUGGUGGAAGCACAUAUUCAGUGUUGGCAAUUUAUGAUUGCAUGUCUUGGAUAAAGCCCAAGGUUGGUACCGUGUGUUUUGGAGUAGCUGCAAGCCAAGGAGCACUUCUCCUUGCUGGAGGUGAGAAGGGAAUGCGCUAUGCGAUGCCAAAUGCUCGCAUAAUGAUACAUCAACCACAGAGUGGAUGUGGGGGUCAUGUUGAGGAUGUCAGACGCCAAGUGAAUGAAGCUGUUCAAUCUCGCCAUAAAAUUGACAAGAUGUAUAGUGUUUUUACUGGACAGCCAUUAGAGAAGGUGCAACAGUACACAGAGAGGGACCGUUUUCUGUCUGUUUCUGAGGCUUUGGAGUUUGGUCUUAUUGAUGGUGUCCUGGAAACAGAGUAUUGAAUACAUUUUAUUUGCAGGAUAUAUCUUAGAGAUCAUUCUUGCAUAUAAGGUGGUCGUUUCCCAUGGGAGCCAAGUAAUAUUCACAGCCAUUUGAAUAUUAUUCAACAUUCUACCUAUUGCAGUGGAAGAAACUACCUCAUCAAAUUGUUGCAGCAAAAGGGAUGACCUUGUGGGAUGUGCAUGAUGAUGAUACAUUCAUUGUGGUGGUUGCAAAGUAGGCAUCUACUAUCCUGCUGCAUCAUUCUAUGUUUACAUUGCUAGGACUGAGUUUUUCAGAUUUAAUUCUCGUUUAAGUUCUUUUGGCAGAAAAAAAAUAAAAAUAAUUGUGCAUUAACAUAUUUUAAUUCUUGUUUAAAUUGCAUAAGGAUUGUCUACACACGAGAUCUGCUGUAUUUCUUGGUAUCUAAAAGCUAGAAUUUACUACAGAAUAUUAACCACAA